GAAGGUACAGUUACGUGCCGUGCGUUAAUUACAGGGGGGCAUUAGCGCGCGCUCGCCCGUCCGCUCGGCAGCCAGGCGCACUGGGAGGAGUGUGUGUGUGUGUGUGUGUGUGUGUCCUCCGCGCUGCAGAAUGGGAAAGGGGGUCGGGUUUCACAGCGCGAAGGUUCACUCGGCGAGGUACUGAAGCUGUCUUUGUUUCACUGGGCCAUUUGGAGGGGAAGGAGAAGGAGCGAGUCGGACGAAGUCAGUCGGACGGGGAAGCAUUAAGCGCUUCAACUUCAAGCCGCGGCGGUGUGCGUUUCUGUAAGUUGCGGGUUUCCACGGACCACGCACUGCGUUCCGGGAUGGAGUCUCGUUUAAGCCCCAAGCAGCUCAUCAUCCAGUGGCCUCUUCUUCUCGCCGUGUUUCUGGCGCUGAGCUCCUGCCGCCUCUCUGCGGUGCAGCUUCUGGAGGAAGAAGAGCAGGUGUCCAAGGGUCAGCUCGAUCUGACGGAGCUCAUCGGCGUCCCUCUCCCUCCCUCCGUCUCCUUCACCACUGGCUACGAGGGCUUCCCGGCGUAUAGCUUCGGCCCAGAGGCCAACGUCGGCCGGCUGACCCGUACGUUCGUGCCGGAUCCUUUCUACCGGGACUUCGCCAUCAUUGCCACCGUGAAGCCAACCGCCGGCCGCGGCGGGGUGCUCUUCGCCAUCACGGACGCCCUCCAGAAGGUCGUAUACUUGGGCGUCGCGCUGAGCCCGGUGGAGGAUCAAACCCAAAGGAUCGUACUGUACUACAGUGAGCCGGGGUCCUCGCGCUCCCAGGAGGCGGCCUCGUUCAAGGUGCCCAACAUGUCGGGGAAGUGGAACCGCUUUACGCUGACGAUGCAGGACGAGGAGGUGCGGCUGUACAUGGACUGCGAGGAGUACCACCGCGUGGCCCUCAACAGGAGCCCCGGGCAGCUUCGCUUCGAGGUCAGCUCGGGAAUCUUUGUGGGCAACGCUGGGGGAACCGGCCUGGAGAGGUUUGUGGGCUCCAUCCAGCAGCUGGUGCUCCGCUCGGACCCCGGGGCAGCGGACGAUCAGUGCGAGGACGACGACCCCUACGCUUCCGGAGAUUCGAGUGGCGAUGACACGGCGGACUCCAGGGAGACGCUGGAUGAAGUGAAGAAGCAAGUCGAGGAGAAGGAGUACACUUGGCCCGAUGACAGCACGGGCACACCGGUACAGGCCCCGCCCACGGUGUCCCCCAGCGACGACGACGAGGACUAUUACGAGUAUUCGGGACACGCGAUGCCCACGAAGGAGCCGACUCCCAGCGAGGGGAUCGUGCUGGCUGCUGAGAAAGGAUCGAGUCUCGAGGUGGAGGCGGAGCAGAGUGGAAGAUCAGGAAUCGUGUUUCCUGGGCCGAAAGGAGAACGAGGGGAGCAGGGCCCGCCUGGCCCCCCUGGUCCACCGGGGCCCCCCGGACCUCUCGGACCCUCGGACGAAGGGAGUCCGCGGGAACCUCGGCCGGGUCCCAGGGGACCUCCGGGCCCCCAAGGCCCCCCGGGAGGUCCCGGAACCCCAGGGAAAAAUGGACAGCCGGGUGUUCGCGGUAACGACGGAGACCCAGUAAGUAUGUUUUCUACUACCGUCUACUUCAUUAAUCUAUUUUCUAAACAUCCUGUUACAGAAUCGGUUCCAGAAAAGCGCUCGAGCCAUCGAGUAACGAAUUGGUUCAAAUGUUACCCGUUUUUAAUUUCGGACAGUACCGUGUCGCGGGACGAUCUUCUCACAGACCGCACUGAGUGCUGCCUUCUAUGCACACAGGGAGAGAGGGGACCUCCGGGGUUUCCAGGCCAAGCAGGACAACCUGGGACCAAGGGGGAGAAGGGUGAUCCGGGAGCGGGUCUCCCUGGACCUCCUGGACCGCCCGGACCCCCAAGCCCGCCCAGCCGUUUCAGGUUUCCGGAACACGCGGAAGCGUACGCCUCCGGGUUCGGGGACUUUGACAGUGACACAGAAGUCAUCAGAGGUCCCCCCGGUCCUCCUGGCCCCCCCGGAAAACCUGGUCCUCCUGGUCCCAGCUCGCCUUCAGAUCGUCUCCCUGGGCCACCUGGUCUUCCAGGGAAGGAUGGACAGGAUGGAAAGCCUGGAGAACCUGGUCUCCCGGGUCGCCCUGGUCUCGAUGGAGUCGCUGGACAACAGGGAGAGAAGGGCAAGAAGGGUGACCAAGGACUGAAUGGACCUCCUGGACCUAAGGGUGAUUCAGGUGAACAAGGGUUACCUGGUCUUCCAGGACCCCUGGGGCCAGAGGGACCAAGGGGACCAGCAGGCCCUCAGGGACCCCCCGGGCCACCUGGACCCCCUGGGCAGGGCUUCAGUUUAGAUUUGGAGGAUCUGGAGGCAUCUGGAAGCCUGGGUGUUCUUGGAAGUCCAGGGCCCAGAGGACCACCGGGACUGCCUGGCCUUCCUGGCCCUCCAGGACCCAAGGGCAAGGAUGGAGCCGACGGGGCACCCGGGGCCUCUGUGAAGGGAGAGCGUGGUGAUCCAGGACCGAAUGGCACUCAAGGCCUACCCGGACUGCCUGGCCCUAUGGGACAGAAAGGAGAGAGAGGCGAUCCGGGACCAAAGGGAGACCGUGGCCUGGAUGGGCAGACUGUCGUGGGACCCCCUGGCCCACCCGGACCCCCAGGACCUAUUAUUGACCUCCAGGAUCUCCUUCUCAAUGACACGGAGGGCCUCUUCAAUUUCAGCCAGCUUGCCGCACUCCCAGGGCCUAUGGGACCAAAGGGACCAAAAGGGGACCUUGGGAUUCCUGGGAUGCCAGGACUUAAGGGCGAGAAGGGGGAUCCCGGGGUCACCAUCGCUGCGGACGGCUCGCCAAUGACAGGGCUCGCAGGCCCACAGGGGCCCAAGGGAGUUAAGGGCGAACGUGGCCUUCCUGGGACACUUGGAAUCAUGGGCCCCAUCGGACCACCUGGACCCAAAGGGGAAUUUGGUUUCCCUGGCCGGCCCGGGCGACCUGGCGUGGUGGGCAUGAAGGGAGAGAAAGGAGACUCGGUCGGCCUGCCGGGACCCCCUGGACCCCCCGGACCACCUGGGCGCCCAGGACCCUUCAACUGCCCGAAGGGGACUGUCUUCCCAGUGCCUCCCAGACCUCACUGCAAAACUCCGGUUAAUGGUGACGGAGAUCCCACAGGAGCUGGAGACGGAUGUCAGAGAGAUACUGUAGGAGCAAAAGGGGACAAGGGAGAGGCGGGAUUCCCCGGAAGACCCGGAACGGCAGCUUCCUGGCUUCCCAAUGUCUCUGUGGGGGCCAAGGGAGACCAAGGUUUCAAGGGAGAGAAGGGAGAGAAGGGUGAGGUCGGACUGCCGGGACCGCCGGGGCUCCCCGGGAGGUCGGGCCUUGUGGGGCCCAAAGGUGAGUCUGUUAUCGGACCCCGGGGCCAUCCUGGACUUCCUGGUCAACCUGGGGCACCAGGGUAUGGCAGGCCUGGACCUCAAGGGCCCCCUGGACCACCAGGGCCCCCAGGACCACCCCCACUUUUUGGUUCAGCUGCUGCGAUCCCCGGGCCAGCCGGCCCACCGGGGCCACCGGGACUACCUGGAUCACCUGGACAUGGGAACCCGGUGACUACGUAUAAAAGUGUGGACACCUUGUUCAAGCAAGCCCACCACGCAGCAGAAGGUACCAUGGCCUAUGUUUCUGAAAGAAGUGAGCUCUACAUCCGAGUGCGAGAAGGCUGGAGGAAAGUCCAGCUGGGAGAGCUGAUCUCCAUGCCUGCCGACAGCCCGUCGUCCUCCACUUCUACUGGGCCGGCGUUACCCGAGGAGCACAGAAGAACAAAUCUGGUCAAUCGGGAGAUGCAGGGUUACCUCCCUGGUUACAACAUGAUGGCGCACACGGUGAACACCGGCCCCGGGCUGCACCUGGUAGCCUUGAACGCCCCCUUUACAGGCGACAUGCGCGGGAUCCGCGGUUCCGACUUCCAGUGCUACCAGCAGGCCCGCGCCAUGGGCCUCGUCGCCACGUACAGAGCCUUCCUGUCCUCGCACCUGCAGGACUUGUUCACCAUCGUCAGGAAGGCCGACCGCUACAACAUGCCCAUCGUGAACCUGAAGGGGGAGUUGCUUUUCGACAACUGGAUGUCCAUCUUCACUGGGAACGGGGGUGUGUUCCAGCCCGACAUCCCCAUCUACUCCUUUGAUGGCCGGAACGUGAUGACAGACCCAUCCUGGCCCCAGAAGAUGGUGUGGCACGGCUCCAGCAUGCAGGGCAUCCGCCUGACGUCGAGCUACUGCGAGGCUUGGCGUGCCGGCGACAUGGCCGUCACGGGCCAGGCCUCGCUGCUGCACAGCGGCCGGCUGCUGGGCCAGCACACGCGCAGCUGCUCCAACCACUUCGUCGUGCUGUGCAUCGAGAACAGCGUCACGCCGGACCCCCUGGGGAAAUGAGCACCCGCUCCCCCUCCGUCCGUUCCGAUUUCCCCUCACCCCCGGUCCCGCUCUGUGUAUGUGUAACUUCUGAGGAGGUGUAAAUACUGUACGUGUGUAUUACUUUUGGCCCGCGUCACCCGUCCGGCCUUUUGUCCAGUUCACCGAGCGAGAGGGUGCCGAAGAAGAGAUUCCUCGCCGCUCGAACCACGCACGGAUCAUCCGCUCCGGGAAGGGCCUCGAGCCACUUGUGCUCCUCGCUAUGGCGGCGCUCCACUGCUGGCUGCUAGGUGGUCGUAGCCGGUGGCUCAAGUUUACAUAUGAGGAUGGCGUCAUUUAGUGACACAGAUUUAUACAUCCACCAUUUUUGGGUUGCCAUUUUUCUUUAAAAAGCUGGUAUCAUCGGUCAGAAUAAAGAAAUCGUUCCUGUACGUACGCGGUCCCAAAUUCAUCAGGCAAAGCAUUCCUUCUUUCCUUUCCAGGUGAAGUCAUUUAGGUGCACUGCAUAAUUUAAUUUGCUCUGUUUUUCAUUACAAAUUCUGGCUUUUUCUGUGAAGGUUUCUCAUUUUUGUGUCUAGGAAGUGGUUUUUUCUCUCUCCGUAUUUAAGUUAAAUGCAAUGUUUUAUUUAUACAGCACAUAAUCGAAAUAAAUCAAGUGAUUUAGAUGAAUUAUGUAAUUUAUAGUUGUUCAGUGACACCGUCUCUUGCCUCUUCCUUCAAAUUUGUAUUUUUGUACAGCAUCUCUUCUGACUGAUUUAGAUUAACAAAUUGCCAAUGUUUUUUUUAAGGUUUAAAAAGAUUUUAUAAUAGAUACCUCGAUUUUACGAUUGUAAAAUUAGUAGGGUGGUUCUUUAAAUUCCCCUCCAAGUUUUUUUUUUUUUUUUUUGUGAAAAUUGUUUCGUCGAACCACAUCAACAGAUCUUUCCAAAAAAACAAAGGAGAAACUGUGACAAAAAAAUGCACAGGAAAUAUGUUUGUAUACCUGAACUGGUGCUCAAUAAAUGAAUAUUUUUUACAAA